AUGAUCCACAACUCUGGCAAGGCCCUGGGUGGUUCAAGCGCCAUAAACGGUGCGUCCCCAUAUCUUCCCCGUGGGUCUGUGCCCUUCCAGAAAUCCUCCAUGCUCAAAAGCCUGCAGGCGUGGUUGGAUAGAUUGGAUACGCGAUACAUCACUGCCAACACUACACCCACUGGGCACUUUACCGAUGAUGCUGCGGGAUCGGGGUGGGGUGGUCGACGGCAGGCUGAAAGUUUAUGGAACGAAGAAUGUGCGAGUUAUCGACGCGUCUGUGAUGCCGUAUCAGGUCGGUGGACGUUUGACUAG